CUAAAUAAGAAUAACUGAUACUUGAGUUUUGUGUUGACAAUUGUGUUUUUUUAUCAAAUUUCCUAACUGUAGCAUUAUUGCAAUGAAUAGUAUUGAUAAUAUAGUGAUACUUAAAGAAAAACACAUCAAAAUUUCAGAUUCAGAAAUUAAGGAUUUAUUACAAAAUCAGAUGAAGUUAAUUGAUCAUAUUAAGAACAAACAAAAUCAAGAUGUUAGCGAAGAUAAAGUAAAAAUUACUGAAUUAACAUCAAAGGUAAACUCUAGUAGGGAGAUUCUCCAAUCUGAGAAACAAACAUUGGAAUAUAAAAAUAAUGUUUUAUCUAAACACUUAAACCAUAUAACAGAAUUAAAAGGGGAGAAGAAUAAAUUUUUAGAGGAGAAUCAACAAUUAGAAUUGCAAAGAAAUAAACUUAAGACAUGCAAGCGAAAUUUGAAGGAUCAGGAAUUACUAGAUCAAGGAAGAAGAAAAUUUGCAUUAUACAAAGAAUUCACAAAAAUACAUUGGGACUAUGAAAAACUUGAAGAAAAUAUUGCAGGAAAUGUAACAGAUAAGAAAAAAUAUAUUCAUCAUUUUUCUUAUUCAAAAGAAGAAAAUAUAAAAGAUUUAAGUAAUCUUUUAUGGCAGGAAAUAUAUCAAUCUGUAGCUUAUAAAGACCAUAAAGACACAUAUGAUAAUGAAAAUGUUGUACAAAAUAAAUAAUUGUAACAUAAAUUGAAAUAAAUUGCAAUUCAUAUUUUUGUUAA